GUGAGGCAGGAAAAUGUUUCCGGUGAACUUUUCUCCGGGUCGUUUCGGUGUUUGCGGGAAUUUUGGUUUAAACACGGUAGAUUUAAAGCUGUAACAAAGAUGGCGGAACGACCCGCUGAAGGGGAACUUCCGCUGAAUAAAACCCGGUCUGUGGCGAAGAGGGCCUGGGACAGGGAGCGGGACAAAACCCGGGUCAACAUCGGGGUGGCGUUUCAGAGGUGGAGAGCUCUGCGGGCGGCUAAAGGGCUCCAGCUGGACGCGGAACUGGCUCUGCUGCUGCUCGACAGUUAUGAAAACAACCGUGCGGCACAAACGGCCCCGAAGACGAGUUACCGAGGAGUCCACCCUCCUGACAUGUCCAACACUGACCAGGGUUCAGCAUCUGAUCGUUUUGGAGCCGCCAUGGACACGAGGCUGAUGAACGACAUGCCUGUCACCGCGGCCGAUGAGACAACCCAUUACUUCCCUGAGAACCUUGGACCUCCAGCUGAAGAGAUCCUGGAGGUCCUGAUUGAAGAAGACAUCAUUGGUUCCCGUGCGUCCAUCCUUUAUGAAGAGAAUAUACGUCAGCUGGCGACACUGGUUCACCUUCCGGUCAAACACUGUCCCCACACGGAAUCGACAGGACAGUUGUGCCAAAGCCUACCUCCAUUCGAGUGCUCUAUCCAACAGAGGUGUACUGCCUUUGUUGUGGAAUGGGUUUGUCCUCGGGGUCACGUGGUCUGGAGUUGGACCUCACAGCCAACCUUCAAGUUUGGGAUGUUGGCUGGUGACCUGUUGCUCGGGAUGAACAUCCUGUUGAGCGGUAACAGCUACGCCAAAGUCGCCCUGCUGUUCCGCUUCAUGAACAUGGGAGUCGUCAACCCGGUCACCUUCUUCAAGAUCCAGGACUCGUACUGUGUUGACGCCAUCAAGGAGUUCUGGAUGGAGCGGAGAGCGAAGGCCAUUCAGCGGCUACAGGGCAAAGAUGAGGCCGGUUCAGAGGUCCAGCAGCAGCUGUUGGUGGUUAAAGAAGAGGUUCCCCCUGAGCAGCAGGAGUGGAGCUCCAGUGUGGACCAGGAGGACCCAGAGCCCCCACACAUUAAAGAGGAAGAGGAGGAACUGUGGAGCAGUCAGGAGGGAGAGCAGCUUCAAGGGCUGGAGGAGGCUGAUAUCACCAAGUUCACAUUCACUCCUGUCCCUGUGAAGAGUGAAGAUGAUGAAGAGACACCUCAGUCUGAGGGACACCACUGUGGAGGACCAGGACCAGGACCACCAGGAUCAGGACCAGCGCCAGGAGACUCUCCUGAACCUGACCCAGAUACUGAUGACAGGACCGGAGACUCUUCAGUCGCUGAGAUUGAAGUCAGUCUUGACGACCUGGAUGAGACCAAAGAACCUCAGUCAGGUUUAAACUCCCCGAAAACUGGCGACGUCCCCAUCAGCGACCCGAGACGCAGUGUCCGUGAGAAACCGUUCAGUUGCUCCGAGUGUGGGAAAAGAUUUGGCAUCAAGACUUCAGUGAACCGACACAUGAGGUGUCACACAGGAGAGAAACGUUUCAGCUGCUCGGUGUGUCAGAAGUCGUUCUCGCAGAGCGGAUAUCUGCACACGCACAUGAGGAUCCACACGGGAGAGAAAAGAUUCAGCUGCUCCGUCUGUGACCAAAGAUUUUCCCAGAAAACACACCUCAACAGACACAUGAUCACGCACACGGGAGAGAAACCGUUCAGCUGCUCCGUCUGCGGCAAAGCUUUCAGUGAGAAUGGGAACCUGAAGAAACACAUGAUCACUCACACGGGAGAGAAACCCUUUAGCUGCUCUGUGUGCGGUAAAGGUUUCAUCCAGAAGGUCAACCUGACGAACCACAUGACGUAUCACACGGGAGAGAAACCGUAUAGCUGCUCAGUGUGUCACAAAGGGUUCAUGCAGAAGAUCAAUCUGAAGCUCCACAUGGCUCAUCACACUGGAGAGAAACCGUUCGGCUGCACCAUCUGCGACAAAAAGUUUGCAUCAUGUCAUCGGCUCAAAAGACACAAAUGCGGUGGUCGGCGGUCGGCGCGGCUUCAUUGGACUCAGACUGAGGAUGACGGAGGGGUGGAGCCUCCAGACGGCGGCUCGACUCAACAGACAGAAACAAACACUUUCAUAUGAGAAACAGAAGCUGCCUGUCACGUACAGCCAUUUUGGAUCAGAUUAUAUCAGCUUUAAGUUUCAUCAUGUUUCUGAUACAGUUAAUGAUGAAAUGUUACUUGCCAAGUUAACUUCCUGUGGCGUGUGAGGUUCCUCAGUGAUACGUGAGCACUGAUGAAACAAAGCAGGUUGUAUCUAAAGCCUCGUUUCCACCAAGCGCUAUGUUGUCCCCAUGUUUGGCCCCCCCUCUGUUGGGGCGGAGCUAGAAACCCUGCAGUCUGAUUGGUCAGUAGAGGACGGUCAUUCUGGUGUGUGUGUGUGUCUGUCUGUCUUUCAGUGUUUUCUCAGAUUUUGGUGAAAUAUUUUGUUUUUUUAUGACUUCUAUAAAGUUUAACAUUUUUCAACAACACCAAAAAUAUUUUUUUUAAGAACGAACUCAUAAAUGUGAUAAUGUGAGUGAAGCUGUCCACCUUCAUGUGUUCAUCACAGGCUGCGGAAAUUAUUCUGUCGGUUUGAAACAAUCAUUUCACCCAUUUUAUAAAUUUUUAUAAACUUUUAAGCAACUUUUAGAAACUUCAGCCCAAAAACAAAAAUCUUUAAUUUCAUUCUAUACGAUCAAACAUCAGCGUGCGUCAUCAUCGUGUCAGACGCUACAGUACGUGUGUAUUUGUCUCUACAAUCAGGCGCUGUUGAAAAUCCGACCCCUGGGGCAUCAGUGGCUUAGUGGAUAGUGCAGGCACCCCAUGUACAAGGCUGUUGCUGCAGCGACCCGGGUUCGAAUCCAGCCUGUGGCCUUUUGCUGCAUGUCACUCCCUCUCUCACGCUUGAUUGCUCUGCCCAUUAAAGGCUAAAAUGUCCCAAAAUAUAUCUUUAAGAAAAAGAAAAAACUGAAAGAAAAUCCGACCCAAAAAAAUUCACGUCCUCAUCGGGCUGAUAUUCAGGGGUCAGAGGCCCUCCAGGUCUGGGUGGCGUUCGAGAGCAUCUAAUUUUGAGCCCUAAAAACUGGACUAGUUAUCAUGGUAACGUCCCUGAGGUGGACAACCUCUUCCCUCAAUUUGACAGAAUCAUCUGCUCGGAGCACACGGCUGCGUGCACUGGCAGGAAUUGUGGCAGCCAUUGGAUGCCUGUCAUCGCUUAACAGACCAAAGGUCUAGGUACCAGGUCUGAAGGGUUCCUGUUGUGACAUCAGAAUCAGAAUGCCUGUUUAUUAUUGCAAAAAGAAUUUGCAACGAAAUUGAAAGUGCUACACCUAUUUCAGUGCUUAGGUAAAAAAAAAAAAGACAAAAAGAAACAACAACGGGAACAUCCACACAGACAUUCAGUUUAGAAUAAAUUAAGGAAUAUACGUUUAAAAGCAGCGAUGCCCUCAGAGAGGAAUAAAAUUGUCAUUAUUGCACCCCAAAAACGAGCAUAUGCACUUAAGCUCAUUUCAUUUGCCCUGGUUGAUGAGCCUGAUGGCCCAGGGGUAGAAACUGUUUUUGAGCCUGUUAGUCCGAGAUUUUAGGGUUCUCUACUUCCUGCCAGAGUGCAGAAGAGUAAACAGUCUGUGGCCAGGGUGUGUGCAGUCCUUUAAAAUCUUGUUGGCUCUGCGGAGGCAGCGGGAGGUAGAGAUGUCCUCCAAGGCAGGCAGAGUGCAGCCAACGGUUUUCUCCGCCAUCUUAAUCACCCUCUGCAGAGCUUUUUUUUCUGCUGCAGAACAGCCACAGUACCAUAGCGUGAUGCAUUGCACCAAUACACUCUCGAUGGUAGAGCGGUAGAAAGCGACCAGCAGCUGUGGGUUGAGGCCAUUCCUGCGCAGCAGUCUCAGGAAGUGCAUCUGCUACUGGGCCUUCUUCAUUAGGCCUGUGGUGUUGGCUGACCAGGUGAGAUCCUCUGAGAUCUGUACCCCCAGGAAUUUGAAGGUGGAGACCCUCCCCACCCCGACCCCGUGGAUGUGAAGGGGUCUGCUCCAUGCCUCCUAAAGUCCAUAAUCAGUUCUUUCGUUUUGUUUUCGUUUCGACGUGUUGUGUGGCGUCCCUCAGGGGUCGACCCUGGGGCCUUUAUUCCUCUUUGAUUGUAGUAAACAUUUACAAUAAUAAACUUUUUUACGUUAUUUCACUAUGUAAUAUUUUUCUUGUAAUGCAAAAAAUAGAUUUUCUUCAUGUCAGUAAUCAACAAGUGAAAUUUCAUGCUGAUGUUUGUGAAUCUAAAGUUUUAACCUAGCGUCUUUUAUUUGUUCUAAAACUUUGGAAUUUGAUAAAAUGUAUCUCUAAAAUAAGUUUACUCACACUCUGAGCCAGAAAUCUUGUAACGUAGAAAGUGUCACAUUGUCUCUGAGUUAGCCGCUAACUGCUAACAGCUGUUGUUCUUUGAGUUGAGUUGAGUUGAGUUGAGUUGAGUUGGUGGUUUGAGGUCAAAGGUCAUUUUGGCACAAAUGUCCACUUGGACUAGAGGAUAAACGGAUUAGAAUUUGAUGGUCAGAGGUCACUGUGACCUUGUGUCUGGGUCAUUCUCAUGAAUGCAAUAUCUCAAGAACACCUCAAGGUAAUUUGGACUUGGGAUGAACUGAUGAUUUUUGGUGGUCAUGGAUAAAAUAUCAAGGUGGCUAUGACCUUGCUUCCAUCUCAUUUAUGUGAACAACAUCUUUGGAACAGCUUGAGGGAAUUUCUUUAAAUUUGAUGCAAAUGUCCCUUUUGACUGAACAGGUUUGAGUUUAGUGGUCAAAGGUCAGUGUGACCUCACAAAACAUGUUUUUGUCCACAAGUGAAGAAUUCAUUCACUAAUUCUGACAAAACUUGACACAAAUGUCUAACAGGAUAAAAUAAUGAAGGUCAAAGGUCAGCUUGACUGUGACAUCAUCAUGUUUUAAGGUCAUAUCUCAGGAACAGAAGGGGAGACAUUUGGUCAGAUACUGAAUUGGUAUAGUCGGACCGUCCGCCAUUUUAUGUUUUCUACAUUCAGCUUUGUUUUUCUUGAAAUGGACACAAAGUCACUUUCCUCAGGUUAAAUAUGUCAAAAGUAAUGUAACUAUUUUAACUACUUUAUUAAAGUAACUGAUUACAUUUGAUUAUUUUUCUAAUAAAUGUUUUAAACUGGGCAUUAAAAUUUUUGAAAAUUAAAAAAAAAUUCUUAGAAGACAAAAAGUUGAAAAAUUGCCUUUUUAAAAGAAAAGAAAGACUUUUUUACUCAUUGCCAUUUUGUUGGCAUAAUAAACCAUCAUUUCUCCUUUCCUUGCACAAA